AUGGUGGCUCAGGUACUAAGCUUUGAAGCUGAAGAUGACACCCCUCAAGUCUUGGCCAUGGUCACCAAAAUCUUACAUAUCAUCAUAACUGACACAAUACCAAUCCAAAACCAUGAAAACAAACCCGUAGACAAAUCCUCUGAUGAAGAACUCAAAGAUCUCCUGGAUGUCAUUGAUGAAAUCUUAGGAUUUGGAAGCUUAGAAAGUUUCAGUGGAGAAGAAAAAGAGGAAGAAGUUAAGGGGUUUGAUAAUUUUAGAGAAAUGAGGAAAAGUUUUCAGUUGUGA